AUGGUGCCGUUUGCCAACACGGUAAAUCCGGGGACGUGGAACCCUCUACCGAAGGUGUUGAACCCAGGGAUUGGCAAUCCGUCAUUCACCGGUUUCCCAUCAGAGCCGAAAAUAGUCCCGUUGGGAAAGAAGCUGGAGCCGCCUAUCGUUACAGAGCCGUCCGGAUUUUUGGACGGAAUGGUCACACUCCCGUCAGGGUUUGCAGUCACGUUUAAGCCGCCAGAACCAGCAUUAAACGCGGGGGGAAGCGACACCGUCAGACCGCCGGAGCCCGGCCCAGUCACCGGCGGGCCCGGAAUCACCGGCGGGCCCGGAAUCACCGGCGGGCCCGGAAUCACCGGCGGGCCCGGAGUCACCGGCGGAAGCCCCGGCCCGCGGUUGACCCAUGGAUCGAAAAUCCUGGCGUCGAAGGUUUCAUAUGUGCCGUUUGGAUAA